AUGUCCAGUAGACGUAUUACCACUCUACGCGACCAACGCGCAAGUCGCUCGCCUCGAUACUCAAAGUUACAAAAACCCAUCUACAUUACUCAACCCAAGACCCUGAUACCAUUGCUGGAGAAUGCUGAUUUUGAAAGGCUCCCUUGGUAUUAUCAAGCCCGAACUCUAGAGGAAUCGUACAUUGGUAGAGAAACUCCGUUUGUCUGGAACUAUCUGCGGGCAGAUUCCAAACAACAACAUGACCAGGAAGAGAGUCUAUGCGCAUGUACAGUGCAUUGCCAUCCGACGCCUGUAGUUGCAAAAGCAAAGCUCAGACAUAAGGGAAAAAAGGUUGUCUUUGUUGUCAAGCUAAAAGACAUACCCGAGCCACAAGGACGACCGUCCGCGACUCUGAGCCUUUUACUCUUAAAAUAA